AGACAGCUGAGCUUCGCAAUCGCGUCAAGAGAGGGCGCUCGCGCUGGUGUGUGGGGUGUGUGGCAGCGGCAGCGGCCGGUGGCCGCCCGUCGGCUCGCGGCUCGCGACUCGCCGCCAGCCCGUUAGUCCGCGGAGUGGGGCGCUCGGGGCGGGCUGUGCAGCGGUUCUCCUGGUUGACGUUAUCCAUGCGAUAUCAUGAGCGCUUCUGCCAAAACUGUGCGUAUAACAGCGUCCUAUUUGCCUCGCGAGUACGCUGUUACUUCUGUUGUUAGUAAGACUGAAUCUACAAUGGUGAAGAACAAUUCGCUGGACUCUGGUGUUGACGGUCUGCGCGACUCGCCGAAUUCGGGCCUUCGUGAUUCUCCCAACUACAUCCAUGACUCUCCGAACCAGAACUACUUGCGGGAACAAGUAAAUCUGCAGCACGCUCCGCUGAAGUCGGCUUCCACAAGCGGAAUGGUGAAGUUGCAGUCAAUGCGAAACGAGACCGUCCACGCUGAGAACAUCGAACUGCCCGAGUACAUCGUUGAUCCAUCAACUCGCACCACCUACCUGAAAGGGAAAUUCCUCGGAAAGGGCGGCUUUGCCAGGGUCCACGAGCUCACUGAUCUCACCAACAACAAGGUGUAUGCCGGCAAAAUCAUCCCCAAGAGCCGCAUCACCAAGCCGCACAACAAAGAGAAGAUCGCGCGAGAGAUCGACUUGCACCGCCACCUGCGGCAUCGCAAUGUCGUUCGCUUCGAGCACUGCUUCGAGGACUCUGAGAACGUCUACAUCAUCCUCGAGUACUGUCCGCGGAAGUCUCUGGUGCACGUCCUGAAGCACAGGCAGACGCUGACGGAGCCCGAGGUGCGCUACUACAUGCGCCAGCUGGCCGACGGUGCCGAGUACAUCCACUCACAGAGCAUCGUGCACCGUGACCUGAAGCUGGGAAACAUGUUCCUCUCGGAUGAAAUGGUGGUGAAGGUCGGCGACUUCGGCCUCGCCACGCGCAUCGCCGACGAAAAGAAGCCGACCAUUUGCGGCACUCCCAACUACAUUGCCCCGGAGGUGCUGCAGAAGCUCGGCCACGGCUACGAGGCGGACACGUGGGCCAUGGGCUGCAUCAUGUAUGCCAUGCUGGUAGGACAGCCUCCCUUCGAGACGGAGACCCUGAACGAGACGUACAAACGCAUCACCAACAACCAGUACACGCUGCCGCCGCAGCUGUCGCCGGCCGCCUCGGACCUGAUCGCGCGCCUGCUGCACCCCAGUCCGCGCAUGCGGCCCACCACGGCCGAGAUGCUGCAGCACCAGUUCUUCCACAGUGGCCAGCUCAUGACCACGCUGCCCGUCUCGUGCUGCACGCACGCGCCCAAGCUGGCGCCGCCGGCCGCCGUGCGACCCGCCUCCCAGGUGCUCGAGCACAUAGGUGUCGGAGAGGUGGAGCCGCCGCUGCACGCGAUGCGCCUGCCCUCUAGCCGCAGCGAGGUGAAGCUCGUGUCUCCCAAGUCGCCGGCGCGCGGCGCUGGUGGCAGCAGCGGCUCCUCUGGCCGCCUGGUGCGGUCACAGAGCGUCAAAGACAAUAGCAAGCUGAUGGAAAAGGUGAAGGAGAAGGAGACGUCGCUCCACGGCUCGAUCCGCCAGAAGAUCUCCAGUGUGUUCCGACCCUCGUCCGACAAGAAGAAGGCCAAGGAAUGGACGUCGGCCACCCUGUACAAAGCGCUUUCCGAGUGCCUCCAGUCAGUCCCGGAGGACGCUGACAUAAAUCCCGAGCCAGUGCCACACUCGCCUCUGUUCAUCACCAAGUGGAUCGACUACAGCAACAAGUACGGCUUCGGCUUCCAGCUCAGCGACCGCAGCGUCGGCGUGCUCUUCAACGACUCCACCAAAGUGCUGUACCUGCAAGACAAGAGCCGGGUGGAUUUCGUCGGCCGCCACGGCCGCUCGUGCUCCUACGAGCCGUCCCAGGUGCCGUCGCUGCUCCAGGAGCGCUUCACACUGCUCCGCUACUUCAGCCAGUACAUGGACGAGAACCUGACGGAGGGCGGGGAGACGCGAGGCACGGCCGCCGGCGCCCAGCUGCCGCCGCCGCCGGCACCUGAGGUGCACAUGCGCCGCUGGGUGCGCACCCACAAGGCCAUCAUCAUGCAGCUCUCGAACGGCACGCUACAGAUAAACUUCUUCAAGGACCACACGAAGGUGAUUCUCUCUGCCGCCGGUCCGUCUUCCGAGCUGACGGUGACAUACAUCAACUCGGAGCGGAGGGCGGCCUCCUACCCCCUGGUCGACCUGAGCGGAAUCGGCUGCAGCCGCGCCCUCCGCGACCGUCUAGAGUACGCCACGGUCGUGCUCAGGGAGUUCAGCGACCAUGACCUCAAGGAGAAGUAAUGAGUGGGGUCGGGUCGGCGGCAGAGGGCGGAAUCCUCCGGGAUGGACCCUCUUGUCGCCUAGUUGCGGACUCGCACCAGCCACAAGACAGACGUGCGAAGCCCCCGGGGACGGUAGACCAAGUAUGUGUCGGCUGUUCCCCGGCGCGGCGGCAUUGUGACAGAAUAAGGAUCUCUGGAGCGGGGGCGCUGGCUGCGCCGUAUAGCCCAGCCGGACGUCGCGCCGCGGUAGACAUAGCUCAAACGGGCGUCACACAGGGCUCGGGUGCGUCAGAAUGGCAGUGUGUAGUCAUUGGGGUCGCGCGCGGUGCCCUGUGCGUGUGUGUGUAUGUGUGUUGUGGUGCGAUCUGAGCUGCCAUGGACCCAGGGACCAUCGCGGCGCCCCGCCCCGUCAAUGGGAGGGUGGGGCGCCGGUGGGACCCCUCAGCCGAGUCCCACUCCGCCCGGAGUGAGAGCUCGCAAAGCUCAUACGGUGGUGAUCCAGUUGUUUGUUCUUCGUCGUCGGAGUGAUAUUUAGUUUGAAUUUAUGCCGGUCUGUGUUACAUUCGCGAGCAACGAAGCGAAGCGCGUCGUUUGGUUUUCGCGAGACAUUACUGUUCUUUUACCGAAGUUAUGGUAGCCUUUUUCUAGCCCAGAUCCUUAUACUCCUUUUGUAGGUUCGUGUGUGCCAGUGGCCUCUGCCACGGUGCGGAAAUCGACCAGUGUUGUGUUUGAAAAACAGUGCACCAACUGCCGCCUGGCUGUCUUUCGGGACGAAUCGCCCCCAGUUGGCGUUCCUUUCGCCCCCCAGUAACAGUGUUUCUCACCGGCCAUAAAGACACGAUGUUGGUCUCUCUCGAGCCGCCGCCGACGAGCUGUACAGUACUGCGCAUGCGCGGGCAUUAACCAAUCAAAUCGGCGGCGCGGCUGCUGUCCAACCCAGAUCGUCAAACUGCCACAGGCUCGCGGGAUAGACCUGCUGCCGAGCUGUCUUUCAUAGCCACAUGUGCGUCCGUUGUUAUCGAUUCGCCGCUGAGUGCUUAUUCAUCACUGUAUAAUCGGUAAAUAAAUUGAACCUCAGA